AAGGAACGGGGCUGCGGGGCUGCGGGGCGGGGCUGUGACGCGUGGGGCCGGUCCGCGUCCGCUUGGCCUUCCCGGAGAACAUGGCGGCGGCAACGGUGACCCUUGCCCGUCGGAUCGCUCGAUCAGGUGUGCUGUUUCCCCGCAGCAGCCCACAGGUUUGGGGCCAAGCUUCCCGGCAGCCCCCCGGCCUCCUUUCCACCCAGCACCGUGCCUUCAGCAACAAAAAGAUCCUGGUGGAGCUGGACACAAGUUCAGGUGUAGCCACGAUGAAGUUCAAGAGCCCUCCAGUCAACAGCCUCAGCCUGGACUUCCUCACUGAGUUCUGCAUAAGCCUGGAGAAGCUGGAGAACGACCGGGCCUGCAGGGGCCUGAUCAUCACCUCGACCAUCCCCAGAGUCUUCUCAUCCGGCCUGGACAUCAUGGAGAUGUGUGGGAAGAGCACAGAGCACUAUGCUGAGUUCUGGAGAGCUGUGCAGGAGAUGUGGCUCCGGCUGUACGGCUCCAACAUGGUGACAGUCGCUGCAAUCAAUGGAUCCAGCCCAGCUGGAGGAUGUCUCAUUGCCUUGUCGUGUGACUACAGAAUCAUGGUGGAGAACCCCAAAUACGUCAUUGGCUUGAACGAAGCCCAGCUGGGCAUUGUGGCUCCCUUCUGGUUUAAGGACACAUUUGUGAAUGCUGUGGGACACCGAGUUGCUGAACGCUCCCUCCAGCUGGGCUUGCUGCACUCUGUGCCCGAGGCCCACCAGAUUGGCCUUGUGGACGAGGUGGUGCCAGAGGAGAAGCUGCAGGACAAGGCUGUGGCUGUUGUGGCACAGUGGCUGGCUCUGCCUGACCAUGCCCGUCAGCUCACCAAGUCCAUGAUGAGGAAGGCAGUGCUGGACCACAUGCUAGCUCACCGGGAGGAAGACAUUCAGAACUUUGUCAACUUCAUAUCGAAAGACUCCAUCCAGAAGUCACUUUCAAUGUAUAUGGAGAUGCUGAAGAAGAAGAAGAGCUGAGGAGCAGCCAGCAGAGGCCCAGUCCCAGGAGCUUUUGUGACCCUCUGUAACACUGCAUUAUUUGUAGACUUUCACGGUGAAGCUGUCUGCAGUGAUGGGUGAGAUGCUGCCUGCUCUGUGGCCACCACAACCACCCCCUCCUGUUAGUCCCCAUAGAGUGCCUGUCACCACUGUUGCCUUCCUGAGGGUGGGGAGAGCUGCUGGCUCAUCUCACCCAAGGAACAAACAGAGAGAGCCUUGACAACACUGUGGAUCAAGCCUACAUGUCCUUGGGUAUCCUCCCUCCUGUCCAACAACUGAUUGUAUAAAUGUUUGUCAAUAAAGCAUUUGAUGAGGUAUGA